AUGGAUUCGCUGGAGUCCGGGGUUUCUGACUCAGGCUGCGAAAAACCGCUCUCGUCUUCUCCGCUUUUUGGCCGCCCGUCCGACGCAUCGCUCUCCGCUGCCAUUCCUCGUUGGAGUUGGGGGACCGGAGGCGGGGCUAACGUUAUAGUCCGUGUCGCGAAAAGUAAUUUCAAACUCGCAAUGGCAGAGAAGAAACAGUCUUCUGCUUCGGCUCCCCACGAGGCGGCAGGAGAGGAAGACUACGGUUCUCCUCCAGAUCCAGGUCUGGACAACGUACUGGGACAGAAGUCCCUCAAAUGGAUAUUCGUAGGAGGCAAGGGAGGCGUCGGGAAGACCACGUGCAGCUGCAGUCUGGCCGUCCUCCUGUCUCGAGUGAGGGAGAGUGUUCUGCUCAUCUCCACUGACCCCGCCCACAACAUCUCCGACACCUUCAGCCAGAAGUUCAACAAGUACCCGACUCAGGUCCACGGCUAUCGCAACCUCUACGCCAUGGAGAUAGACCCUGCAGUAAUGGACAGUGACGAGAUUCCUAAUGACGAGCUGGGGCAGAAUGAGAGUUGGUGGACUGAGUGGACUGGCGAAGGAACUGAUGACAGAAUUUGCCGACUCUCUUCCUGUCUGGUGAAGGAGCUACAUUUCUCAGUGGUGGUAUUUGACACAGCACCAACUGGCCACACCCUCAGGUUCCUGGCAAUGCCCACUCUCUUCCAGAAGGGGCUCGGGAAGAUGACUCAACUCAAGUCACAGUUUGGGCCCAUCUUUAGCUCUUUGCUACCAGCAAUGGGUGUUGGGGACGAAGCUCUGCGGGGUCAAAUGAUGGAGAGCAUGCCAAUUGUGGAGCAAAUCAACCAGGAGUUCAGGGACCCUGAGAAGUCGACGUUUGUGUGUGUGUGUAUUGCUGAGUUCCUGUCUCUCUAUGAGACGGAGAGACUGGUCCAGGAGCUAACUAAACUGGGAAUUGACGUACACAAUGUUGUAGUCAACCAACUCCUGAGACCAGAGAGGAAUCAGGAAGGGAAAGUUUCUUGCAAGAUGUGUGCUGCAAGGUACAAGAUCCAGUCCAAGUAUUUGGAGCAGAUCCAUGACUUGUACGAGGAUUUCCACAUCACAGAGUGUCCUCUGCUGGAGGACGAGGUCCGAGGCAGGGAGAAGGUGGAGAUGUUCUCACAUUUACUGCUCCAGACUAGACUUGUUUAGUUCAUUAUUGUGUGUUUGUCUUGUAAUUCCCCAACUUCAUGAAAUGCUCUGAUGUGUGUAUUUAAACUUGGUGAGUGAUGAGGA